AUGUCAUCUUCACAACUCAGGGGUGGCCGGGACACUCAAUGUGCCUUAAAGCCAGAAGAACGAGACCCUGGCUUUUCUUUCCCUCAAUGCCACGAGCAACCUUGGUUCCCCUCACACCAGAAGGCCUCGUGUGAUUUUGUCAAACGUCCACCUCCUAAAGACUCAGCCAGUUAUAGGUCUCCGUUUGUCAGAGAUACCUUUCCUAGUGCUCAUGAAUACCUCGUACAAAAACAGCAAGAACAACAACAAGAACAACAACAACGACAAGUAUCAAAACCAGCACCGCCGUCUCCAACAGUCAGUCUUAUUUCGACAUAUGGACAAACCCCCAUGGGUGAGACGCCUAAUUUGUGGGGGAAAUCGCAUCAUAGUUAUCGAGACCAUCGAGCAGCGAGAAGAGAUUUGGGACCGCCAGUAUGGGCUCAACGCAAGCCAUAUGUUUCUAAACCGGCACCUCAGAAGGUGAAGUGA